AUGUCUCUGGACAUUUCUCCCAUGAGACGCUUGUCGUCUAUGUCAAAUGGCCCAGAAAUUUUAGAUACAUUUACUAAUGCACUUUUACCAUCACCAAAAGAAUUUACUACAACUUCGUCUAAUGUCUUUCACUCACAACCUUCCACAUUUAAACCUUUUAAUCAAAUAACUUCAGUCAGUUAUGCUUUGGAACAAUUAUCUAAUACUGUACUUAAAAAUUCAGUUUCACACAAGAACGAUGAUGAUAUUAUUAAUUGGCUUGAGGGAUGUGAUGUUAAUGUAGAAGGAAUGAAUAGUGGAAUGGGAGGAAAUGAUAUUCUUGAGACUAAAAAAUGGAAUAAAGAUGUUAUAAAAAAUGAACAAGAUCCAAUGAAAAUAUUUGGUAAUCCUUUUAUUGACACUAAUGGUCGCAAUAACUACAAAGAAAGAAUUGACGAAAUUUAUGGUUCAGUAAAGUUUAAUCCAUCAAAAGCUUUACUUGCUCAACAAGAUCUAGAUCAUACUAUGAAGAAAUUAGACAAUGAUAUUUUCUUUCAAGAUCAAGAACAAAUAAAUAAUUAUCAGCAAUUAUUAUUAAAUAUAGAAAAAGAGUAUGAUUAUUUGUUGAUUAAAUUUAACGCAUACGUCAGGAAUCACGAUUUGAUGAAAGAAGAUUAUAGCACAUUGAUAGAAAGAAUUAACGAGAUGUCAAUAAAAUUUUUCAAUUCAAAUGUUAGCAAAAAUAACAAUGACAAUAACAAUAAUUCAACAAACCUAUCAGCAAUAAACGUCGCUUCAAAUAACAAAAAUGAAGAUUUUGUUGUAUUAUUAAAUGUUUUUGAUAGAUUUGAGAAAAAUAUGGAGUCAAAAAAGAUAGAACUGGAAAGUAUCGAAUCAAUCAACAAAGCAAAUAAAGAACUGAAGUAUCUAAUUAGUCUAAAGGAUUCAAUGAUAAAAUUACUGAUCAAUAACAAAGAAUUAUCAGCAGAACUUCAUAACUUGCAAAUAGGAAAUGAAAAAUUAUUAAAUCAAAAAUCUGAAUCGACUGAUCAUGAAUGUAGCGAUUAUUAUGACGAUGAUAGUGAAUAUUAUGUUAAUGAUUAUGGUUUUAAUAACAACAAACACGAUUCUAAUGUAAUUUUUGUGGAUGAAGGAAUUGAUGAUGAAUUACGAAUGCCAAAAGAUUUAUUGUAUGUAUUCGCUCGUUGA